GCGUUCCCCAUUCCCUUCUGACUUUUCGAACAUGGAUCCACAAAAGUUCAUUGAACUGCGGAAACAAAUGUUAGAGAACAACGAAGAAGUAGCUGAUUUUAUCAAAGACUUGGAUGCUUGGAAAGCGCAGAUGGAAGCUCAAGAUACCCACUUGCGCCAUCAAGAGCCAAAAGCUAAAGACCUGCCUGCUAUUCGUAAUACCCUAUACAAGAAACAGCGAAAAAAGAAGCUGAACUCGGCUCCACCACCCACCAAGUCCGCCGCCCGCAUCAGCGGUUACGAUUACAGGGCCUGGGAUAGAUUCGACUAUGACAAGGCCCUGGAAGCUGUGGACAACAGGCCAUUGCCACCGUCUGAUGCAAGCAGCAGCGAAACUGACGAGGAACUAGAGAACAGACGCCGGAUUGCCCUAGCUAGUGAAGUCCGUGAAUUGGGAAAUCAACGUUUUAAAGAGAAACAAUAUGAAGAGGCAGUGGAGCAUUAUACAACUGCUAUUAGACUAGCCCCAGAAGAUCCCACACCCCUUACAAAUCGUGCCCUGGUCCAUCUGAAGCUGGAGCAGUACGCCUCCGCGGAAGCGGAUUGCUCCGCUGCUCUGGUUUUGGACAAUAAAAAUACUAAGGCGCUGUUCCGGCGCGCCAUCGCACGUAAGCAUCUGGGCAAGAGGUCGGAGGCUAUCCAGGACUUGAAGUCUCUCCUAAAGUCCAAUCCAUCGAACAAGUCAGCCGCGGUCGAGUUGGCUUCUAUCGUGGGUCCCACAGAAGCUCUUACGAAUCCGGAGCCUAUUAGCCCACCUGUAGAGACACCGCCCCGGCAAUUGAACCCCCCUAGUGAACACCGCAAAUUCAAACGAGUCACAAUUGUGGAAGUGGGAGGAACUAAUCCAGACUCUACAGUUACUACUACGGGACGAGCUGGAGUCGUUGAGGUUGCGUCUCACCGUGCUCCGUCAUUUAAUGGUUCUACUAGAGAGUCGAUUGUUUCGGAUCGGCUCCCUGGCACCACAUGUUCGCAUCAAGGAUCUGGAGACAAGGAAAACCGCCCGUCAAGAACUACUCCGCUCACACCGGCAAUAACCCUGGCUCCAAAUGGACCAGAUAAUUGGUUUCAAUUGGAACGAGAAUUACGCGAGCUGAAUCGUCUCGAACCACAAUCCACUUUAGCAGAUGCCGGAAUCGCUUAUCUGUGUCGUAUUUGCCCCACUCGGUAUGCCAAGGUGAUCGGUAGUAAUUUGGAGGCUACUUUCUUGACACAACUCUUACACGCUUUCAGCAAGUCAAAUUCUCUCUCUCCAACAGAUUUAGCCAUUCGACUUGAUCAUCUUGCACGCUUGCCCCGCUUUGACGUUGCUUGGAUGUUAGUGGACGAUAUCGGCAAACAUGUUUUUCAGGAAUUAUGUGAUCGUUUGCAAAACGACCCUCAUAUAUGUAAAGAUCAGCUGGAGCGCAUUAAGAGGGCCUUCAUCUGACUGAGUGCAUGACCUCGGGGUUUGUUGCUCCCGUGUGUGUACAGACUGCACCGCACAUACCCAUGCUACUUCUCCGAUUGUUCCGUGUGAAUUCUACGCCACCAUAUGCAUGGGAACGUUGCGUUUCACUCGCGAGAUAACUAUUCUUCAUGCUACCUUGUGUUGAUGCAUUUUCUCUCGCUUUUUGCCCCCGAUACACUGAAGCCUUUGAGUCAUCUCCACAUUCCGCUUCCUGUUUGGACACCUUCGUGCACUACAAUCCUGCGGAUUACCACUGAUCUUCCACUCUCCUAUUUUGACUGUGCGUAUUGUUAAGAUUCAGAAGCUCUUCUUGAGCUACAUCAACCUACCCGGUGAACUUUCCUCGCUUUUAUCCUUCUCCGGUCUUUCCAUCUGUAUAUAAUUCUUUUGGUUUUGUGUCAAUGGCCUCAGAUCGGUCCCACGGUUUGGAACAGAUAGGAAGUUGGGUAUCAGGAUUUUCACUGGCAGCCACAUUUUUACCUCUGAAGGAUGUGUUUUAUCUUCGUGCGUAGUUUUAUAUGUUCCCUGAAUCUGUUUGCUUGAGAUAUCGAUGCCGUUUUUAUAUCAAUGGACCUGUUUACAAUCCUGGUCCUUGGACACACCCCGCUUAAUUCCGUUUUUGUGUCUUCGCAUUAAAUAUGGGAUCCUGUAAGCACCAUUGCCAGGGAAAG